AUGUACCUACCUCGACCAUUGAUCUCCCACCUGUACACCAAUCUCGUCCGCUCACAUCACCCUCUCUCACCACCGGUCCUUCUACUAGUUGCUCUCGAACCGGACUCAUUAUGUGCCUGUCGCAUACUCACCGCCCUCCUCAAACGCGACUAUAUCCCCCACAAGAUCCAGCCCGUGUCUGGCUAUGCAGACCUUGCUCGGGCCGGCGAAGAGCUGGUCAGGCCAAUGAAGACUACAGAAGGCGGUAGCGGAGGCGUUGUCAUUUGCCUGGGGGUCGGAGCACUCGUUGACCUUGGGGCCAUUCUGGGCUUGGAAGAUGAAGACUCCCUUGACUCGAUGUGUGGCGUGGAAGUAUGGGUUCUCGAUGCACGAAGACCAUGGAACCUGUCCAAUGUUUUUGGUGGAAUCCCCACGGAAGCUCCAUCAGGUGAAAUGGACGUAAAUACGCGCCAGAGAAACCCCGGAGUCGAGAAAGGUUGCAUUCAGAAGAACUACAAGUCUGGCAAAGGCGGUAUCAUUGUUUUCGAUGACGGCGACAUUGUAAGUGAGUUAGAAGCGGAAAGAAACGCGUAUUACGCGUUGGUUGAAAUGCCCGAUUUCGAUGAGGAUGAGAGUGACGAAGAGGAAGAAGACGAGGAAGAUGAAAGCCAAGAGACUUCUUCAAGAAAACGGAAAUCCUGGUCUGAUCGGGAAAAUGAGGAUCAUGAGAGUGACGAGGACGAUGAAAGGCCUCGCCAGAGGAGGCGGAGCAACUCGGCAGGGUCGUCUAUCGCGUCGACUCCUAGAAGCAAGACUCCCUCCUCUUCUCAACCGACCUCGCCGAUAACGAAAGAUCUCUCUGGACAACUUCCGACCUCUAAGCAGCUUCGACAACGGUUGCGAAAGCUACGACGACGAAAUGAAGAGGUAUUGGAAGAAUAUCGAAACCUGGGAACGUCCUACUCAGAACCAGUUGCAACGCUCGCCUAUUCUCUUGCUGCGGACCUGGGUCGAGAGGACAAUGACAUUCUUUGGCUUGCUAUAAUCGGCGCCACUUCGCUUGAAUUAUCGGGCCAUACGUCCACCGGUCUGGGAACGGUGGUUACAACAACACAAGGUCUUCCACACGAACCUCAUAAAUCGUGGCGGUCGACGCGGUCGUCACAAACGUACGCACUUCUACGUGACGAGGUCAGGCGGCUCAAUCCACCUCCAGCUGACCAGUCGCCCUCGAUUUCGCCCGGUGCUGGCGGAGGGGUCAGCUCACCUAGUGAUAACUCAAUCCGCCUCUCUCCUGAUCCUCGAUUUCUUCUGUUGAGGCAUUGGUCUCUAUACGACAGUAUGCUGCAUUCCCCAUACCUUGCUGCACGGCUGCACGUGUGGAACGACUCUGGAGUGAAACGUCUGCACAAGCUGCUUGCAAAAAUGGGCGUGUCCCUCACUCAGUGCAAGCAGACAUAUACACAUAUGGACAUGGACCUUAAGAAGACGCUUCGUGAACGCCUCUUGAAAUAUGCCGCAGUCUACGGUCUCGAUGAUCUUGUACCCUCUGGGUCUGGACGAGCCACGUAUGAACAAGAAGGAUGGGGUUUCAUCCGCUCUUGGGGGUGGAAAGCGCAGUUAUCUGCUGUCGAUGUAGGGGUCAUUCUCGGCGCCAUCCUCGAUGUCGGAACCUCCCACGGUUUGGGUGCAACCACUGCGGCAGUAACAAACAGUGGCUUGUUCUCGUCUCAAGCCACCGCUACUACGGAAGACGUUCCCGACCGCUCCGAGGCUCUUCUUCCACGAUUUUUUGCGGCCUACGACGCCCUCGCUCCAAGCCAUCCCAGCCAUCUUCUUGCAGCAAUUCCUGCUGCCCAGCAUCUGCUGCGCUCGAUCUUACGCACAGGAUCGUCCCUUCUGGUCAAGCAUCAGAUUCGACAUCUGCGUGCUUUUCGUAUGGGGGUUGUCAAGGAGGGGCCGGACUUGGCCUUAUUUGCGAACAGUCCCGGUGCUCUAGUCAAAUUGGCUCUCUGGGUCGGCGAGGCAGUUGCUGUGAAUGAACGAGAGAAAAAAGGUCCGAAUGAAAGUGCCACGCCGCUAGUCCUCGCUGCGCUUGACGAGGCAAGAGGCACUUACGUGGUCGUCGGAACAGGCGGCGGUAUCGGCAGUGGAGAAGAUCUCGAAGCCCGCAAAGAAAAGGCGGAGCGCAAGGCCAAGAAAGAAGCCGAGCGAGAACAAAAACGGAAAAUCCGCGAAGAGAAAAAGGCGGCUCGAGCGGCGCAACGAGAACUCAAUGGUGACGAUAGCGAUUUUGGAGAAGAGGACGAAUCCGAAUCCGAGUCCGGAUCAGACAGUGAUUCGUCGUCCGAAGAGGAGGAGGAUGAAGCCGAGCUAGCCAGAAGGCGUAAGCGAGGCUACGGCCAUAACAGGUUUGGCAUCGCGUUUCAAGAAGUGGUGGAAGAAACCAAUGCCCGGGUCAAGAUUGACAGUUUUGAUCAUUGUAUCGUCGAAGUAAAGAAGGAGGAUCUGGGCGGAUUCCUUGAGGGAUUGAGUCUAAAGGCCGUGGUCGGGCGUUGA